AUGGAGGAGGAGCCGCCGGCGAUGACGACGGAGAGCCACUACCAGCAGGGAUCACCAUCGGAGGCGAGGGUGGCGGCGGAGCGCAGGAAGGCCAUCGUGGCCAGGAUGCGGGAGCUGCUCAGCCGGGCCGCCGCCGCGCAGGCAGCGCACUCGAGGCUCCGCCGCUCCACCGUCGCCACCGCCAGGAAAUGGAAGAGGGCGGUAGGCCUAAUCCAGAAGAGGGGAGCCUGCAAGUGCGACGCCGGCCAUGAGCGAGUGGCAACUGUGCGGGAAGACGACGGCGCACUACUGGCCUCGGCGUCGGCGUCGUCCAUCUCCAGCAACGGCAGCUUCAGCUGGGACGCCGGCGCCGCUGAUGAGACCUGCUGCUUGUCUGCGGCCAGCUUUCCAGGUCCGGCGCCGCUUCUGUGGCCGGCGUUGGUACCCUCGCCGCCGGCGGCGGCUGCGGCGACGACCAGCACUACCGUGCUGCGGCUUUCAUGUAGCAGCAGCGGCGGCUCGUGGUCGGCCGAGGAUGAUGAUGAUUACGACGACAUCAGGAUGGCUCAUUGGGUGACCACCGAUUCUGACUGUAAGUGCUCUGAUCCAUCUCGAUCCAUCCCAUGA